AUGUUUCCAUCGUGCCAAUAUGGACAAGGUCAAUGUUCUUUGGUUUGGAAACUAUGUCAAGUGUACGAUCACAAAGAUGAUGGUGAUGAUGACGAAAAUGAUAGUGAUGAUGAUUAUGGUGAUACUGAAGAUAAUGAUGAUGACGAUGGUGAUAAUGAUGAUCUGAUGAUGAUGUGGUAAUGAUCUGAUAAUGGUGUUGUGAUGAUGGCGAUGGUAGUGAUAUUGGUGGUGAUGGUGAUGAUGGUGAGUGUGACGAUGAUCGUGAUAAUGAUAAUGAUGAUCAUGAUAAUGAUGAUUGUAGUGAUGGUGAUGAUGGUGUAAUCUCGAUUACCAGCCGUAAUGAUGAUGAUGAUGAUGGUAAUUGUGGUGAUGAUGAUGGUGGUGAUAGUGGUGAGCUAAGUGAUAGUGAUGUAAUAAAAUAA